GUGAGUUGCAGGGGUUCAGGCUAGCCUGUCUUCCUACUCAUGUUGGUAUUUUUGUCAUUGAAUAAAGGUUUGGUUACUUCUUUUAACAUCCAGAAGAGUCCGGACCCUUGUUUUUGACAAUUUUUGGUGCCGAAACCUGGGGUUAUUCACGCCCAGAGGUGGUCCCAGAGUAGCACAGAUUUGGGUGGCACGCAUUUUCUUUUUAUAUAUACCCCUGGACUACGUCGAGACCACAGAAGGGUUUCUGGAUAGUACCCGAAGACCAGCAGGAGUGACAACCCGGUUAGAAGGACCUCCCCUCUCCAGGGUACAACCCUGACAGAUCAACAGAUCCUGAGAGACAAAUAGAACAUUCCCUCACAUCUCUUGAGAUCAGGCCCUAAAAAGAGAAUUAACAAGUUGAUACGGAAAGGGAAUCUAAACUCCUGCAGCAAAGAAGCGAGGAGGUAGCCGGAAAAGAGAAUAGAAAAGGGGAGGCAAGACCGAGCAGAGACACUUUUGCCACGAAUAUGGGUGGGAGAGUUAUCUGCAUCGGACUCCCAUGGGUAUUCCUCCUGUUGACUCUCCAAGAAGGGGAAGGGAUCCCUUGCGACAAAUGCUACUACCCCAUAUAUGCAGGAGAAUCUUGGACAGCCAUCCUCAGAAUCCAUACGAACCCGAGUCCCCUAUGUAUCAACUUUUCAGAGUUAACCACUUGUGAAGAGGAUGGUAAGAUUUAUUGGAUGUCCGAAAAUGUAGGUGAUUUUAAGCGAAAACUGUUGGGGGAAUGUCCUAUGAAAGAAAAAUGGAUCUGUUCGGAAAUAAAGCCAGAAGAGAGGGAUAAUGAAGGGGGCGGAGACUACAGAUCAGACUGGGUUAAGGAAAAGGAAAUAAAAGGGAUAGUCAAACAGGGUCCUGGGAUACAGGCAUUAGGAGGAAAGAAUCUCUUCCUGGACUUAGCUGAGAGGAUAAGUCGGGAAUUUAACAUCACUAGCUGCUGGAUUUGUGGAGACACCCAAAUGGCGGAGAUCUGGCCAUGGGAAGGGAUACCUCUAACCCCACAAAACUUACUAAGGGCAUCAGAACAAGGGAAGACAUCUCUAGAUAAGAGGUCCUUGGAGGAAGUAUGGAGUCUGUGGUCUGAUGUCAUCGGAGAAGAAUGCAUUUGGAGAAAAGGACCCCGGUUUAAGUUCUAUGUGGGUGAGUUGCCAUGUAAAAGAUACUUUGUAAUGAAUGACACGCAUAAAUGGUGGAUUCCUCGAGCUCCUCAUUUGUACUGGGCUAAGGAGAAGGAACCAAGAUGCUCUUACGUGGAAAGGGAAAAAUUCUAUGAGUGUGCAACUACAGAUCCAAACCCAAAUCCACUAUGGGGGGACAAAAGGUUAGCCAAAUUUUGGCACCAUAUUGGAGUGGACACCAUAGAACCCCCGGGCUUCUGGAGGGCUCCAAUUAAUUUUUAUUGGAUUUGUGGGAGGUCAGCUUAUGUCAUGCUGCCUAAAGACUGGGCGGGAAGCUGCACACUUGGAAUUAUUAAACCUUCCUUUUUCCUUCUUCCCCGCUUAGAGGGUCAGCAUUUGGGGGUUCCAUUGUAUGAUGAACUGAAAAGAAAAAGGAGAGAGAUGUUAACUGGGGGAACCCAAAAAUGGGGAGACGAUGAGUGGCCACCAGAACGAAUUAUAGCAACCUAUGGCCCGGCUACCUGGGCGCAAGACGGAUCAUGGGGAUACAGAACCCCAAUAUAUAUGCUAAACAGACUGAUACGGUUACAAGCAGUGGUAGAGAUUAUCUCUAAUCAGUCCAGCCUAGCCCUUGAUUUGCUGUCUGCACAAGCCCGACAAAUGAGGACCACGAUCUAUCAAAACCGGUUAGCCCUGGACUACCUACUGGCAGAAGAGGGAGGCGUGUGUGGGAAGUUCAACUCCUCCGAGUGUUGCAUUGAGAUAGACGACCACAGUGAGGUAAUCAAGAACAUAACUACUAACAUCCGAAAACUAGCACAUGUCCCAGUUCAAAAGUGGUCCUCAUUAGUCAAGACCAGUUGGUGGAAUAAUCUUUUUAAUGGAGAGUGGUGGAAAAAGCUAUUAAUUGUCAUAGGCUGUAUAUUAACCGUGUCUCUUUCUUCGCUUGUCUAAUCCCAUGUAUAAUCCGGACCAUCACGAAAAUGGUACAAAAAUCCCUGGAACUGAGUUUGAAACAAGAAUUAAGUGAGAACAUUUACCGGAUAAAGACUGAAAACUCAGACAAAGAUCAUGGACCUGAAUCGGCAGUAACCCUCUACAGAAACUUCCAGAAGCUCCAAAAAAUCUAUCAAGAGUAUGAAGAGGAAGUCUGAAGUUAGGACAAGAAGCACAUUGACUAUAAGUGCUCUUGAUGCGGGCUUAAGUUAAUGAAGACUGCUUUGAGGACUGUUUAUAAGAUUUGGACUUAAGCCCAAUCAAAGUUUAAGAGGGGGGAAUUGUUAUAAGUAUUUAUAGUGUUAUGAUUGUAAUUGUUAGUCUGUUGGUAUGUAUUGCCGCCAAUUUGUUUAAGUUUUAUUAACUUCAGAGUUGGUUUACCCCAGUUGCUCCCCUGUCAUCCAAAAUGGUUUGUCCCCAGUUGCCCAUCAUUGUAAACCCUUCCCCUUUUUCCAGAUUGUUCCCCAUCCAUCACCCCAAUCCUACCCCCGAGCCCUAUCAAUCUAUGUAAACCCCACCUUUUGUUCCAGUUCUUUCCCUGCCUAUCAUCCCUUCCUCGACGCCCUAUUGAUUGUACAGUUGCUUUCCCUCCCCCGGGUCCCUGCCAUUGGUCCUGCGUAUUGUAAUCCCCACCCACAACUCCUCCCUUGCUGCCGUCCCGUUGGUCGCUGUAUGGACCGCCCACAGUCCUUAAAACCUGGAGCACAGAGGUGCCCAGUCUCUCGGCUCAGACCUCCUCCCUGUGAUCCCAGCCCCAUACCUCGUCUCCUUCCCCUACACCUGUUGGAAUAAACUUGUUCCUGGGAAACUGGGAGAGCCUGAGCACUCUUUCUCCCUUCGCCACAACCGGUGUCGCGCUGUGAGCCAUAGCGCCAGAGCGCAGAGGAGCUCUGGAGGUUCCAGGUUGAGCCACGCAGUGCUCGCCUGGUUCCCCACUCCUGCCGCUGACGUCGGCCAGAGCUAGCCGAGGCGUGAAGGGCCGAGCGGGCAGCGACAGGUAUGUUCUUGUUCUCCCCUAUUAACUGUGUUGGUUUUGACCCCAGAUGUCAAUUAUAUAGACACUCCCCUUAUUCUCAAACCUUCCCUGCCCGUCACCCUGGCCUGCCCUAAUCCCCUAUCCAUCAUUGUAAACCCGACCCUUUCUUCCAGAACCUUCCAUGCUCCUCACCCCUAGUUCAGUUCGCGAUUGGUUCCCUAGUUGCCGUCCUGCCCAUGACAUGUCCCUAUUGGUUCCCAGUAGUGUAACCGCCUCCCCUCACUCCUCCUCCCCUGAUCCCUCAUUGGACCCUGAGUUGUACCCUCCCCUGGGGAUCGAGCGGUAUAUAACCUGUGCACAGCUGUGUUGGGGGCUCUCCUUCCUCGUCGGGUUGUGAGUUACAGGGAUUCAGGCUAGCCUGUCUUCCUACUCCUGUUGGUAUUUUUGUCAUUGAAUAAAGGUUUGGUUACUUCUUUUAACAUCCAGAAGAGUCCAGACCCUUGUUUUUGACAGGCUGGCAUGGCUCUGGCAGGGGGCUCUCCGUGGGCCCCCACAGGUCUGGGAUCUGAUCGUGGCUCUGUUCGUCUCUUUUCCAGCCCUUGAGAACAUGGUUCAUGACACCAGCCCUGCCAUCAGAAACCUGGCAAUUGAAGCCUUUUACAUCGUCCAGGCAGUAGAGAGGGCUCGAUAUUCCAUCUUUGAGAACCUGCAAGAUCAGCUCUGCAGGGCAUGGAGGACACGGCCUCGUCUAUUGGGCCUCGGCUGGCUGCGCUGCUGGAGCUGUGCUGGGAACUGAUCUGGCAGGCUUUGUCUGCUGGGGCCACCUGAACUAG